AUGCAAGUCACUAGUAAACAGAUUCAAUCUUGUCCUUUUUCAGCAGUCUACCUUGUGUUUAGUCAGGUUAUGAACCCAACGAUCUACUGUGAACCCAAAGAUCUACUGUGAUACCGUUGGAACAACUGUUUGGACAAAUGUACUGAAGUAAAACAGCACUACCUCUAAAAUGAGUCUCUCAGAGGUGAAUGGGGAGGGCGCUGACGCAACCAGGCGUAUCUUUGAGGACCCCGACACUGUAAAAGAAGCUGAAAGGGUUCAUCAGAAGAGACCAGUCUCCCCUGUACCCAGCUGUCUGUCCAUGAAGAGUGACUGGUCUAAGGAUGUACCUCUAUUUUUCGGGUCGGAGAGACCAGUCUCCCCUGUACCCAGCUGUCUGUCCAUGAAGAGUGACUGGUCUAAGGAUGUACCUCUAUUUUUCGGGUCGGAGAGACCAGUCUCCCCUGUACCCAGCUGUCUGUCCAUGAAGAGUGACCGGUCUAAGGAUGUACCUCUAUUUUUCGGGUCGGAGAGACCAGUCUCCCCUGUACCCAGCUGUCUGUCCAUGAAGAGUGACUGGUCUAAGGAUGUACCUCUAUUUUUCGGGUCGGAGAGACCAGUCUCCCCUGUAUCCAGCUGUCUGUCCAUGAAGAGUGACCGGUCUAAGGAUGUACCUCUAUUUUUCGGGUCGGAGAGACCAGUCUCCCCUGUACCCAGCUGUCUGUCCAUGAAGAGUGACUGGUCUAAGGAUGUACCUCUAUUUUUCGGGUCGGAGAGACCAGUCUCCCCUGUACCCAGCUGUCUGUCCAUGAAGAGUGACCGGUCUAAGGAUGUACCUCUAUUUUUCGGGUCGGAGAGACCAGUCUCCCCUGUACCCAGCUGUCUGUCCAUGAAGAGUGACCGGUCUAAGGAUGUACCUCUAUUAUUCGGGUCGGAGAGACCAGUCUCCCCUGUAUCCAGCUGUCUGUCAAUGAAGAGUGACCGGUCUAAGGAUGUACCUCUAUUUUUCGAGCCGGAGAGACCAGUCUCCCCUGUACCCAGCUGUCUGUCCAUGAAGAGUGACCGGUCUAAGGAUGUACCUCUAUUAUUCGGGUCGGAGAGACCAGUCUCCCCUGUAUCCAGCUGUCUGUCAAUGAAGAGUGACCGGUCUAAGGAUGUACCUCUAUUUUUCGAGUCGGAGAGACCAGUCUCCCCUGUACCCAGCUGUCUGUCCAUGAAGAGUGACCGGUCUAAGGAUGUACCUCUAUUAUUCGGGUCGGAGAGACCAGUCUCCCCUGUACCCAGCUGUCUGUCCAUGAAGAGUGACCGGUCUAAGGAUGUACCUCUAUUAUUCGGGUCGGAGAGACCAGUCUCCCCUGUAUCCAGCUGUCUGUCCAUGAAGAGUGACCGGUCUAAGGAUGUACCUCUAUUAUUCGGGUCGGAGAGACCAGUCUCCCCUGUAUCCAGCUGUCUGUCAAUGAAGAGUGACCGGUCUAAGGAUGUACCUCUAUUUUUCGGGUCGGAGAGACCAGUCUCCCCUGUAUCCAGCUGUCUGUCAAUGAAGAGUGACCGGUCUAAGGAUGUACCUCUAUUUUUCGAGUCGGAGAGACCAGUCUCCCCUGUACCCAGCUGUCUGUCCAUGAAGAGUGACUGGUCUAAGGAUGUACCUCUAUUUUUCGAGCCGGAGAGACCAGUCUCCCCUGUACCCAGCUGUCUGUCCAUGAAGAGUGACCGGUCAAUGGAUGCACCAGUAAUAACAGAACCAAAAGUCCAAUGUGAGAAACUACAGGUUGAAGCUACCCAGAAUCAACGAACGGAUGUGAACUCAAUAUUCAAGGUGCUUGAAGACCGCGUCAUUGUUUUGGUAAAACGUGAGUUGAAGCGGUUCAAGAGGAUACUGAAUGAAGUUCAGAGGGACGAUGAGGAAGUGGUAGAUGCUGAAGAUGAGAAGCAGGAGAGCAGUGCCAGAGAUGGGGCUCUGAAGAUCACACUACACAUCCUGAGGAACAUGAACCAGAAGGAGCUCGCUGACACACUGGAGAACAGUCUUCUAGGAGAACUUGUUGCGUGUCAACAGAAACUCAAAUACAAUCUGAACAGGAACUUUAAGAAUGUGUUUGAGGGAAUAGCCAAGCAAGGAAACCCAACUCUUCUCAGUAAGAUCUACACAGAGCUUUACAUCACAGAGGGUGGAAGUGGAGAAGUCAAUAAUGAACACGAGGUGAGACAGAUCGAGGCGGCGUCCAAGAGACCAGCAACACAAGAGACGCCAAUCAAAUGCCACGACAUCUUUAAACCUUUACCUGGACAAGACAAAGAAAUCAGGACUGUGCUGACAAAGGGAGUCGCUGGUAUUGGAAAAACAAUCUCUGUGCAGAAGUUAAUUCUGGACUGGGCUGAAGGAAAAGGAAAUCAUGAAAUCCAAUUGAUAUUUCCACUUCCUUUUCGAGAUCUGAAUAUGAUGAAGGGGAAUAAAUACAGCUUGAUGGAACUUCUUCAUCACUUUUUCAUCGAAACCAAAGAAUCGGGAAUCUCCGACUUUGACAAGUACAAGGUUCUGUUUGUGUUUGAUGGUCUGGAUGAGUGUCGACUUCCUCUUGAAUUCAAGAACAAUGAGCGCUGUUGCGAUGUCACAAAGUCAACGUCAGUGGACGUGCUGCUGACGAACCUCAUCAAGGGGAAUCUUCUUCCCUCUGCUCUCCUCUGGAUAACCUCCCGACCUGCAGCAGCCAAUCAGAUCCCUCCUGAGUGUGUUGACCAGGUGACAGAGAUACGAGGGUUCAAUGACCAACAGAAGGAGGAGUACUUUAAGAAGAGAUACCACGAUGAGAAGAACAUGGCCAGCAGAAUCAUCUCACACAUAAAGACAUCAAGGAGCCUCUACAUCAUGUGCCACAUCCCAGUGUUCUGUUGGAUCUCUGCCACUGUCCUAGAGACGCUGUUGGGUGACGCACAGAGUGGAGAGAUGCCCAAGACUCUGACUCAAAUGUACAAACACUUCCUGAUCUUUACCAUACUGCACAAAAAACAGAAAUUUCCAAAGGGACCAGAGAAAGCGGAGUCAGAUUCACAGAUGAAAACAGAUGAGGAGAUCAUCUUGAAACUGGGAGAACUGGCUUUCAGACAGCUGGAAAAGGGGAAUCUAAUAUUCUACGAGGAAGACCUGAGAGAGUGUGGCAUUGAUGUCACAGAAGCGUCCGUCUACUCAGGAGUGUGUACACAGAUUUUCAGAGAGGAGAAUGGGAUGUACCAGGAGAAGCUGUAUUGCUUUGUGCAUCUGAGCAUCCAGGAGUUUCUGGGUGCUGUGUAUGUGUUUGUCACAUUCAACAACGACAGUUUAAAUCUAAUGGCAGAACCUGAAACCAUCACCAGAAACCACCAGAUGUCUGGUGACAUAUCAAAAGACAAACCUACAGCCAUCCUCCACAAGUGUGCAGUGGACAAGGCCUUACAGAGUGAGAACGGACACCUGGACCUGUUUCUCCGCUUCCUUCUGGGUCUCUCGCUGGACUCCAAUCAGACUUUUCUACGAGGCCUACUGACACAGACAGGAAGCAAGUCACAGACCAAUGAGAUAACGAUCAAUUACAUCAAGGAGAAGAUCAGGGAGAAUCCUUCUCCAGAGAGGUGCAUCAAUCUGUUCCACUGUCUGAAUGAACUGAAUGACCAUUCUCUAGUGGAGGAGAUCCAAAGCUACCUGAGAUCAGGAAGUCUCUCAGAACCCAACCUGUCACCUGCACAUUGGUCAGCUCUGGUCUUUGUGUUGCUGACUUCAGAAGAGGAGCUGGAUGUGUUUGACCUGAAGAAAUACUCCAGAUCAGAGGAAGGUCUUCUGAGGCUGCUACCAGUGGUCAAAGCCUCCAGGACAGUCCUGCUAAAUGGAUGUAACCUCACAGAGAGAUGCUGUGAAGCGUUAGCCUCUGUUCUCAGCUCAAACCCCUCCCAGCUGAGAGAACUGGACCUGAGUGAAAACGACCUGCUGGAUUCAGGAGUGAAGCUGCUCUCUGUUGGACUGGAGAGUCCAAACUGUAAACUGGAGACACUGAGGUUGUCAUUCUGUUUAGUCACAGAGGAAGGCUGUGCUUCUCUGGCUUCAGCUCUGAGGUCAAACCCCUCCCACCUGAGAGAGCUGGACCUUACCCACAAUCACCCAGGAGACUCCGGAGUGAAGCUGCUCUCUGCUAUAGUGGAAGAUCCACAAUAUAAACUGGAGAAACUCAGUGUGGAUUAUAACUCCGAGUGUUGGUUAAAAUCAGCACUUAAGAAAUAUGCCUGUGAAUUGACACUGGAUCCAAACACAGCAUUCAAAAACCUCUCUCUGUCUGAGGAGAACAGAAAGGUGACACGGGUGGACGAAGAGCAGACGUAUCCUGACCACACAGAUAGAUUUGAGAACUGGGAUCAGGUGCUGUGUCAAGAGGGUCUGACUGGACGCUGUUACUGGGAGGUGGAGUGGAUGGGGCACGAGGUCCAUGUAGGUGUAACGUACAGUGGAAUAAGAAGGGAAGGAAGGGGUCAUGACUGUGGACUUGGAUACAAUAACAAGUCCUGGACUCUUAGUUGUAAUAAUGAUAUUUACACUGCCAGGUACAAUAAGAAGCCCAUAACCGUACCUGACCACGCCUUUCGCUCCCACAGAAUAGGAGUGUAUCUGGACUGGCCGGCCGGCACUCUGUCCUUCUACAGCGUUUCCUCUGACACAAUGACCCACCUGCACACAUUCCACUCCACAUUCACUGAGCCCCUCUAUCCAGCAUUUCGGAUCUGGUACUGUGGCGCCUCUCUGUCCCUGUGCCAGUUACCGCUGAGCCAGGUUACCGCUGAGCCAGGUUCCCGCUGUGCCAGGUUCCCGCUGUGCCCCAGUGAAUACAAAGAAAGUAUUUAAAUGACAAAUGAACUGUAGCUUUGACACCAGAACCGGAUCUUGCGGGAGCUCUGGCCUCAGGCCAGUGACAUGUUUUCACCUGUCACAAGGUGAACUGUAGAGCACUUUAAAGCUUAGAUGUAGUUUGCGUAUAUCCAUUGUGCACUUAUCAGGAGUUGACUGUAUUUUGUGUUCGAGUUAUUAAAGUAUCGAACUAUCAGUAUUCUGAGUUCAGUUAUAUGCUAGAUUUGGAGUAUGUAAUUUGUUUUGUCCUUUUCAGUUCUAGAUCAGAGAUUUUAUUAUUAUUUUUAAAAAAGCCUUUGUUUUGUAGAGCAAACUUUGAUGCGACAACAAAACAUUUUGUGUGUGAAGAUUCUGACGUUAAACCUGAGUUUAUUCGCCUGCACAGCAAAGGGAAUCAGUUCAUUGAUGCCUACCUGCACAGCAAAGGGAAUUAAUUAAUUCAUGCCUACCUGCACAGCAAAGGGAAUCAGUUCAUUGAUGCCUACCUGCACAGCAAAGGGAAUUAAUUAAUUCAUGCCUACCUGCACAGCAAAGGGAAUCAGUUCAUUGAUGCCUACCUGCACAGCAAAGGGAAUUAAUUAAUUCAUGCCUACCUGCACAGCAAAGGGAAUGAAUUCAUUCAUGCCUACCUGCACAGCAAAGGGAAUGAAUUCAUUCAUGCCUACCUGCACAGCAAAGGGAAUGAAUUCAUUCAUGCCUACCUGCACAGCAAAGGGAAUGAAUUCAUUCAUGCCUACCUGCACAGCAAAGGGAAUGAAUUCAUUCAUGCCUACCUGCACAGCAAAGGGAAUGAAUUCAUUCAUGCCUACCUGCACAGCAAAGGGAAUGAAUUCAUUCAUGCCUACCUGCACAGCAAAGGGAAUGAGUUCAUUCAUGCCUACCUGCACAGCAAAGGGAAUGAAUUCAUUUAACUGUGGAUUUAAAAUACAGUGAAUGUUAUGUGUUGUCUCAAUGUAAAACUACACCACAAUGGAAGAUUCCUUAAAAACAACACUCCAUCAGGGAGAAAGAGAGAGGCAGGUGGGGGAGUGAUGUAGUGAUGUUUUUCCAUUGAACAUUGAACAUUUAAAUAUGAAAUCAAUUUUAGUUUUUUAUAUGCCAAAGAAAAUGAAAGUGGUUCUUUGUUUGUUUUUCUCUUUCCUAUCCAAUAAAUAAAAAACAAACAAGUCA